AUGCACUCUCCCAGUAAACAAAAAAAACCUCUCUAACAAUACACACCAAACUGAGCAUGUGCAGAGUGACUCUACACGAUAUGUCUUAUCAGGAGAUAAGAGGGGGACACUGGAAGAAGGGGAGGUUCAGGUAAGUCAGGAUUAAACAGCCUUUUUACACAAUGUGGAGGAUUAACCCCUUAGGUUCCACAGUGAGUAUAACAAGCAUGCUUUUCUCCCAGGGGUGGACUGACAACUCAUGGGGCCCCCGGGCAAUAGGCGAUCAUGGGGCCCCUGUGUCCUUGCCCACAAUCAAACCAGAC